AGGUUAUACUUAUGUAGUUGUUCACAACCCGCGUGGUUUUGUUGUGAAAGGUUCCAGUUUUUAGUCAUGAGUAAAACAUUGAAAUGUUGUCUUGAAGAGUUGAAAAAGGAGGAAGGCCAGAUAUUAAAUUUCAUCCCUUCCUCUUUUAAAGAGUUUCAGAACUUGGAAAAUGUCUCUGAAGGUGAAAUUGUGACAUUAGGAGAAAUUAUAACAUUAUUAAUCCGGAGAUAUUCAGAAUUCAAAGACAAUGUAAGCUAUAAAGAAUGGUUGUUAAUUACCUACAAAGAAGGAAAAGAUUUAUUGAAUUCAACAUUAAAGAAGAAAGGAUGUUGUUCAUUAGCUGCCUUUAAACUCUUGAUUGAUAUUUUGCCAUCAGAGAGAGAAUUUCUUCAAGAAAAACCUAAUUUUCCAGAUGAAAAAUAUGCAGAAAUAAUAAAAGCAUUGGUGUACGGUGAUAGUGAAUUUGUAAAUUCCUCAGCUUCCAUACUUCAGGAAUAUAUGAUUUAUGAAGAUAUGAACUUGAAUAUAUGGAAAGCAUUGGAUAUUGCUUUAAAUUCUCCUCUUACAGGCAAUGAGGUCAGGAAUUCCAUAACGGUGAUAAAUCUUUUCAAGCCCAGUCAAAAAAACCAGGAGAUGCCAAAAAAUUAUUUCUGCAAAACAAAAAUAGGAAUUUUAAAUUCAAAAAAGAUGAGCGAAACUGUAAGGAGUGUCUGGGAAAAGAUGAUGGUUGUCGAACUCCCACCAAGGACCAAACAGCUUCUACUGGUGACCCUCCUUGAAAAAAUAAUGCCACUAUUAAUUAAGCCAGUUUUCCUUACUGAUUUCUUUAUGUCGUCACUGGAAUCAGGAGGCGCUAUUACACUUUUGUCCUUGCAAGGAAUUUUUGAGCUUAUUCAAAAACACAACAUAAACUACCCGAAUAUAUAUGAUAAAUUGUACGAUAUGUUCAAACCUGAAAUAUUCGAGACAACUUACAAGGCAAGGUUUUAUUAUUUAGCCGACCUUUUCCUUUCAUCUCUCCAUUUAACUGAAGCCCUUGUGGCAUCGUUUGCUAAACGUCUUGCCCGUCUUGCUCUCGUCGCUCCCCCACCUGACAUUAUAAUUUUAAUGGGAUUUAUCACAAAUCUAAUUAUUAGACACCCGGGUCUUAGCAGCCUAAUAACCAACAUGAAAACCUCUCACAUGGAGUCGGACCCUUAUUUGGAGGAUGAGAAAGACCCUAUGGAGACACAAGCUAUAAAAAGCUGUCUUUGGGAAAUACUUAUUCUGCAAAACCACGUUCUUCCAAAUGUAUCUUACUCCGCUAUGUUCAUUAACAAUCCAUUACCAACAGUAGAAGUGAACGUACCCGAACUGCUUGAAGUUACGCUUGAUGAGAUGUUUGACAAAGAGGUCAGGAAGAAACUCAAAGAUCCACCGUUAGUUUUUGAAAAGCCAACACCAACUUACCUAUCACUUGAAAACAACAAGUAUUCUUUUGUUGACUGGGAAUUAACCAAAUGAAUUUAUCCUCAUUUGUGUAAAUAUUUGUUAUACAUUUAUUUUAUUCAACGAACUGUUAUUCAUAAUUUGUUUUAUGGUGAAAUAAGC